AGAGGAGCCAGCCCAGCUUCAGGGAGGAAGCUCGCCCUCCCCACCUCCGGAGCACCUCUCACCCCAGCACCUGCUCCCACAGUGCUGCGGAUAAACACACCCACCCACCCUCCUUUGAUGAUGUCCACUGAGCAGAUGCAGCCACUGGAGCUCUCAGAAGACAGACUGGACCAGCUCGACCCUCGUUGCGGCCACUUGGACGACCUCUCCGAGCAGUUCAUUAAGGACUGUGAGCUCAACAAGAAGCCAAGAAAGGGCAAAAAUCCACAGGUCGCUGUGAACAUUGAGUCAGACCAGAAAAAGCCAAGGAGGAAAGACACGCCGGCCCUGCACAUCCCGCCUUUCAUUCCAGGUGUGCUUUCCAAGCAUGUAAUUAAAAGAUACGAGGUCCAAGAGAGACACCCAAAGGACAAAAUGAGUCCAGCCCUUCACAACAGUGACCUGGAACAGAAAAAGCCAAGGAGAAAAGACACACCUGCCCUGAACCCGGCCCCCUGGGCAGCAGGUGUGACCCUGCUCAGAGAGGAGGGACCCAAAGUGAUCACGGAAGAUGACGAAAAGGAUGGUGACAAGAUAGCUAUCUAAAGAUCCUUCCCCCGAGACCACUUGUAAAUAGGUUAGAUUGGUCCCCUAGGGUGACCUAGAGAGAAAUAGACUUGUUUCUGCCCUCCGUUCGUCACGGUCUGCGCUGAAGAUCCAGCCGCCGUUCCCGGGGAGACACACUCACUCUAUCGGAUUGCCGGUCAUCUCUUUGCCUCUCGCUUCUUUCCUGAAUCUGGUUUCUAUUCCCACCCCUUGAAUUUUCAUUUUCAAGCACAGCGGAAAGGAAGCAGGUCCUCCUCCUAAAGGACGAGGGAACAGGGAAAGCGCUAGCGUUUAGCGUCUGCACCUUCCGGAUCGAGUCCGGGGGCAAGAACUCGGAGAACGAAAGUGCGCAUCCUUCAUUUCUUGGCUUUCGCGGCUGGGCGGGACUUGCCUUACUGUCACCCAAACACCAGUUCACGUGGGGGCUCCCUCCCGGUUGCCAGUUAGAGAGGUGAGAAGGUGUGGCUUCUGACUGUGUGCUUUGGAGGACUUGGUCUUAUCUCCUUCAUCCUUUCUCAAGAGUCCAAGUGUCUCUGGUGACAUUCUUAAUUUAAGAUCCUUGAGACGGAUACCCAAAGGUGACUUGGUGAGCUGGGGAGUCCACCCAGCCACUCCGAGCUUGGCCGAAAUGACCAAAGAAAGAGUGUUGUCUGUCUGGGGAGCUCAGCAAACCAUCCCCUCUGUCUUUAUUUUGAAAAACAUCUCUUCGCCCUGUCGUUCCGGAACUGGGGAGAUGCGGCGCAAGUGAACCUUUACUAAUGAUAGGCCAAGUACCAAUGCUUGUGAUGCAUUGCCUUUGAGAACACUCAUGAAGGUCAGUGGGAGGCCAUUCGUCUAUUUUUAGAAUUCUCACUUGUUGAGACCCCGCCAUGCUCUCCGGGAUGGCAGGGGAAGGUGGGGUAUUCGCUGCACGGCCCCACCUCGGCCUGCAGUGUGUGGGUGCCAUGGGGAAGCUUUGUGCAAGGGCCUCAGCUGCCAGGUGGAGGGCAGGGGAAAGGCCAACUCCGUUCCAAGACAGGAAGGUGGGUAUUUGGACAGGUUCUGCCUAAAAGCGAUCAUUUGGAAGCUCUGUCUGCCCCCUGGCCCCAUCAGCGUGGCAACCC